AUGUUCCUUGACGAAGCUGUGCUGGAGUCCGGACUCAGACAGAACUUCCUCAGCUCCACAGAGACCCUGCAGAGAAUGAGACCCCCGUCAACGCCGCGCCACCUGGUUGGAAACCUGCCGCCGUACACCAACGUCAGUCUGAAGAUGAUUCUGACCAAUCCCGAGGGGCGGAAAGAGAGCGACGAGACCAUCAUACAAACUGAUGAAGAUGUCCCAGGCUCAGUUCCCAGUCAGUCUCUCAGAGCCACUCCAUUUGAAGACCGAAUUCUUCUUUACUGGAAGGAACCGACUGAACCCAACGGAAUCAUCACACAGUAUGAGAUCCACUACAGUGGGGUGCGUUCGUUUGAUCCCUCGGUGCCUCUCCAGCGGCCGGGGCUUACAGUGUCUCUGCCCUCCAACGCCACCCAUCACCUGUUCUCUCAGCUCCACCCAGGCGUCACCUACCAGCUGCUCAUCCGCGCCUCCACCUCCAAAGGGUUCGGCACUGCGACCACGCUCAACGUGACUACUAAUAUUUCAGCUCCAACAAUAGAUGAGUAUGACGGGUCAGAGGCUUUUCUGAAUGAAACUGCAACAACCAUCACCGUCCUGCUUAAACCUGCCCAGGCCAAGGGAGCUCCUAUAAG